GUCCAGAACGAGAGGUCGACGCGGCUCGCGGCGGCGAAGGCGGCUUCUGUGGUGGCAGCAUGAAGCGUACCCAGACGGCGGAGGAACGAGAGCGCGAAGCUAAGUGUUUGUAAUGCUUUUUAAGAAAUUGUGGCGGCGGACUCUGGGAGUAGAAACCAGCUCGAGCAAGUCACCUCCUCCUGCUACUGUGGUCGCCGGUGUCCCACCGGCGGUUUGUGUCGCCUUGCACUGCUGCAGCAACCGCGGCACGAUGACGACUGUGUUCCUCGUACUCCUGUCCUUGAUGGUGGCAGGUGUUUUGGGGAAUGAGUUUAGUAUAUUACGAUCACCAGGGUCUGUUGUUUUCCGAAAUGGCAAUUGGCCUAUAUCAGCAGAGCGAAUCCCAGAUGUUGCUGCAUUGUCUAUGGGCUUCACUGUGAAAGAAAACCUUUCUUGGCCAGGACUUGCAGUGGGUAACCUAUUCCACAGGCCCCAAGCUACCAUUAUGGUAAUGGUGAAAGGAAUAGACAAACUGGCCUUCCCCACAGCAAAUGUCAUCUCCUACCCCUUGGAAAAUGUAGUUCCUUUUAGUCUUGACAGUGUUGCAAAUUCUAUCCAGUCCUUAUUCUCUGAAGAAACUCCUGUAGUGUUGCAGUUGGCUCCCAGCGAGGAAAGAGUGUAUUUGGUGGGGAAGGCUAACUCAGUGUUUGAAGACCUUUCAGUCACAUUACAGCAACUCCGGAAUCAUCUGUUUCAAGAAAACUCCAUUCUCAAUUCAUUUCCUCUCAAUUCUCUGAGUAGGAACGAAGAAGUUGACCUGCUUUUUCUUUCUGAACUGCAAGUGCUUCAUGAGAUCUCAAGUUUGUUAUCUCAUCACAAACACCUAGCUGAGGAUCAUUCUCCUGAUUUGUAUUCACUGGAGCUAGCAGGUUUGGAUGAAAUUGAGAAACGUUAUGGCAAAGACUCAGAACAAUUCAGAGAUGCUUCUAAGAUUCUCGUCAAUGCUCUACAAAAGUUUGCAGAUGACAUGUACAGUCUUUAUGGAGGGAAUGCUGUGGUAGAGUUAGUGACCAUCAAGUCCUUUGACAUGUGCCUGGUGAGGAAGACGAGGACUAUCCUUGAGGCAAAACCAGAGAAGCCAAUAGUUCCCUAUAACCUGGCAUAUAAGUAUAAUUUUGACUAUUCAGUGGUUUUCAACCUGGUACUUUGGAUGAUGAUUGCCUUGGUCCUGGCUGUUCUCAUCAUCUCUUACAACAUUUGGAACAUGGACCCUGGAUAUGAUAGCAUCAUAUAUAGGAUGACAAACCAGAAGAUCCGAAUGGACUGAACUUUCCUUAUGUCAUAUUUACACAAGGGGUUUGGAAAUUGGUCAAUUUCUUCAGAUAUAUCUUGUAGCGUGAUUUAAAGUGUAGAUAACAUUCUUAAAUUUAUCAAAAUGAAAAAAACAGCAAAUUUUGUUCUGUUUUGUGUGGGUUUUUUUUAGACUGAAUUAUAGUAUUACUGUGAGCUGAAUUCUGUGAUACAGAGUCUAUAUUAUGCUCAAAUGUUAUAGACAUUUAAUAAUGUAAUUUCUAUUCUAUUUAAUAAAUGGAAGAAUGCACUGAAAGAAAUAUAAAACACUUAGAAUAGCUUGUGUUAUUUAUGUUGGGAAAUGCACUGGAUUUAUUAGAGAACUUAGGAAUGCUUAAAUUUCUCACGUAAAUGUCUUGGUUUGAUGUUAAUAUCUCUAAAACAAGAGAAAAGAUUUUUAAGUUAGAGCAGCCCUAAGAUACUGGAUGUGCUCAUACAAUUGAUUAAUUUUAGAACUGACAGGAUAGCUGUUCUUUUUUAAAAGCAUUUCUGAGAGUUUGGUGAUCUGUAUAGUCUAAUAAAGGUAUGAGAAGUACUAAGCCAGGCCAGAUGUUGGUGGCUCUUGCCCAUAAUCUUAGCUACCAAGGAGGC